UUCUAGGAUUUACGAUCUCAUCGUCUCAACAGAACUAAACGGUAAUCAAAGCUCCAAUCCAGUGUAGAAAUGGUGAAAUUCAUCAAGCCGAACAAAGCUGUUAUUGUUCUCCAAGGCCGAUUUGCCGGCCGGAAAGCUGUGAUCGUCCGAAACUUUGAUGAAGGAACCCGCGACCGGCCCUACGGCCAUUGUUUGGUAGCAGGGAUGAAAAAGUACCCGAGCAAGGUCAUUCGCAAAGAUUCAAAGAAAAAGACAGAUAAAAAAUCGAGAGUGAAAGCAUUCAUCAAGCUUGUGAAUUACCAGCACAUUAUGCCGACGAGGUACACGCUCGACGUUGAUCUCAAGGAUGUGGUUAAUGUGGAUUGCUUACAGUCGAAAGUGUCGAAGGUUGCGGCGUCGAAGGAGAUCAAAAAAAGAUUGGAGGACAGGUUUAAGACUGGGAAGAACAGGUGGUUUUUCACCAAACUUAGGUUCUGAGGGUAUUAUUUCAAGUUUUGGAGGGCCUUUUUUUUUUUUCUUUCUCUUGAUUCAAAUUGUGAUGAACGAUUUUUAUUAUGACGAUGAAUGAAUGUGUUGAUUUUCCUUUAGCUCUAAA